GGGAAAUAAUAGAAGGUGUGGACGAUCGUCAAGAACGGUGAACCGUGCCUCCAUGAUACAGCAAACUGGCUACUGGUUCCACUUUGAAACACCAACAGUUGUUAACAGUGCACAUAUUUGCCAAGUUUGUGCUUGUACAAAGGUAUAGCUAUGGAAUAACAUACUUAAUGCAGAACACAACAAACACCAUGGUAAUAAUUCACGGACAGUACCUGUAAAAAGAUAUAGAAAUACAUGAACAUGUGCACCUUUGGUGAACAGUCAGAUCACACAGACAUUGUGCGUGUUAUUUUUCUUUCCAAUGAACACAACGUCACAGUUGGAUAAAUGUUUAUCGAAUUCAAGAAUGAACUGUAUCACCUAUGAGAUACCAAUGAAGAUUCUGUGGUAGUAUUGCUGACUGAUUAUGUCUUCAAAUUAUACGGAGUAAGCUGUCACGUACACCAAGUCUGGAACAGCCAGUGUCCGUGUGGGUGUAAACUGCGAAGAAGGCCAUGAUAAGGGUACAUUUUCUGCAACCGAUAUGAAAGUGACAUGAAUGAAGAUGACGACGAAACGAAUCAGCAAAUCAAAGAACAAUCGGGGUGGCAAACAAAAGGGGCUUCAAGACACUGUGCUGACUGGUGUGAAGGGAGACGAUGCCAACAUUGAUCAUUCUGUGGUCAUGGGUGCAAACCUUGGAACCGUGAAUUUCACAUCAGCUAUUGUUCCUACAGAUGCAGAUCUUCAGCCUAUUAACGACUUGACUGAAGGCAUGGUAGAAACAGAAACAUUUGUCUGGAUUGUCAAGGCUAUUGAAAAUGGACAGAAACUAUUUGUGAUCACAGGCGAGCCGGGUGAAGGAAAAACUACUUUUGGAUUCCUCAUACUGCGAGAAAUGAAUCAAAAGGGAAAGACGUUUUGCCUUGUGACUAGUCCAGAGAAUUACAAACAAAGGAAAAAUUGUGAUCUGCUGAUGUUUGAUGAUACAUUUGGUAGCAUUGCAUUUGAAGACAAGAAGUACAGUGAUUGGGAAGAUACCAUUAUUGAUGUUCUUGCUUUACCCGAACACAAAGGUUCCCAUAGCGGAACAAAUAUCAUUCUAAUAAUUCUCCGCAAAACCAUACUCGCACACCUUAAAACUAAACUUGGCAGAUAUGCAAACGUAUUUGAUGACAGAGAGAUUUUGAUAGAUCUAACAACCACACACCGCCUUACAGAAAGUGAAAAGAGAAAGGUUUUGGAAAUUCAUCUGGACAGGAAUGACAUGCACGAAAAUGAAGGCGACAUCCACUUCGUAUGUUCAUCUACUUUUACAUAUGGAUUCCCACAAUGUUGCAGAAUGUAUGCAGAUAAAGUGAAAGUGAACAUCAGGGGAAUUUUUGACCGCCCUCUCGAGUUCCUUGAUAAGGAGACAAAAUGGUUACUGAAGAAAAACAAACACAAUCGUGAAGUCUUACAGAUAAUGAUAUGUGACGAAACAUUUCAACCUGACAAGGAAGCUGACGAUGAAAAACGACAAACACUGAUAGCAGCUACAAAUGAUAUCUUCUACCUUCGACAGGAAGGUGGAUGUUUUCACUUUGCUCACUCCUCUUAUCAAGAAAGUGUUGGGAUUACCAUUGGAAUAGAGGACCCGAGGUUUUUAAUAACACGAUGUAGCAUGCCAUGUAUUAAAAAGUAUAUGGAUGCAAGUACAGCUACAGGUAGAGCCUUAUUCAGCCAGCUUACAGACGAAUUAAAGGAUCAACUUCUGAGCAAAAUCGCAAAGGAAUUUGGCAGAGGGGACUACGAUUUUAUGAAGUAUGAUUUGCUUCAUAACAAAGAAAAUCUGAUCAAUGUUUUAAAUUCUGAGUGCUGUGCUGUUGACACAAAAGAUGUACAGCUGAAGCCAAUGCAGUCGCGGCCGGAAAUCUUCCUGCUUUAGAGGUGUUGGUCGAAAAAGGUGCUGACGUAAAUGCCAAAGUCCAUGGCCAAACCAUGUUACAUUACAUUUGUAAAGAGAGAUUUGUGGAUGGUGCGAAAUGCAUCAUAGAUAAAGUACACGACAUUGAUGCAAUGGACAUCUGGAAUAGGACACCUUUAUACUACGCAUGUGAGUCAAGGCCUACUGAUGAGUUGGUAAUGUUUUUGCUUAAACAUGGAGCGAACAUCGAUUCGUUGGAUAUAUUACCAUUGCUGAUACAAAACCUUUGCCGAGAAGGAAAGGAAGGUUUCGCAGAUGAGAUUAUUGAACACUUUUGAAAAGGAACUUUUGGUGACAGCCAAAAAGGUCUAUCUGACAAAGGAGGUACAUGAUUCUCUGGAUAAGCGUCUGCUGGUUCACUAUCUUUGUCACCUAAAAGAUCUGAAAGGGGUAAACAUGUUACUAAAAUCCCCAAUGCCAUUUGACAUCAACGAGCCUAUUUUCAAUAGCUGUGCUAUUCACGAAGCCUGCAAAGGAAAAGACUAUAGGAAUAAAGGUGAACUUGUUAAAUUGUUGAUCAGUCACAAUGCUGUUGUUAAUAUUCCAGACAGUGAUGGCAUGACAGCUCUUCACCUGAUGUGUGAAAGUGGUUGUUUGGAAGGGCUCAAGAAAAUUUUGGACAAAGCUACCCCUGAAACUGUAAAUAAGAAAGCCCAUUGGUUUGAUUUAACACCAUUCAUGUACUCCUGCAUAGUGCCUCCACACAAUGACAGUUUGAGAAUUUUACAGCUGCUGUUGGAAUAUGGUGCAGAUGUGGAUGUGAAUCAAGAAGAUGGGAGGAACGGCUUACAUUACCUUUGUGCUAACGGCAACUACCAGUGUCUUGAGCGCUUGAUUAGGACCAGAAAGAUUGAGGAUGUUAACACAUGUCUUAAAAACGACAUAGGGGAUCGCUGCGUUAGAGGCCAAACUCUGCUUCACUGUUUAUGCAAUGGUGAUGCAACAGAAGAAACCCUGAGGCUCUUAUUGGAACAGCACGCAGAUGUUAAUAGAAGAGACAGCAAAGGAAAAACUCCUUUGGAUUAUCUGAAACAAGACCCUGUAAACUGAGUAUUUCGUACGAGGAAUAUGUUGUAUGUGUCGCGCCCGCUAAGUUCCGGGGAACAGGAAGAAAAAAAGACGAGACGUACUGACGCCCUGAGAGUGAUGGAGCUUAAAGGAUCCACAUAAUGAUGCUGCCUUUUUCAAGGCACAGGAACCUACGCCUGUUCUUUCGUUAUUUGUGAGGAGCUAUUAGUAACCAUUUUGCUCAAUCAACAGAAAGUGGAUAUUAAUGGCAAUAAGUCACCUAUAUUCCUUAAAAAGACAAAACAGUCCUGUUUCAGGCACAAUGCACCAGACAACAUUGAAAUACUAGUAAAAUAGACUUAGGACAGUAAAGGUAUUCUUGCCAAAGUAGCAUAUUCCAGAAGUCAUGCUGUGUAUAUAGAUCCAAAAGCUUCAUUUCUAGGCUUCGUCAAGCAGUGUUUUGUAAAUCGCCUGAAAGAAGAAAACAAAGGUUCUUCUUCAUUUUACCUUUAUAAACAACAUGCACUAAGCCAUUUUAUUAUGCACAGGGACAAUUGAGACGUGCAUGAUUUAAUAACACCAAGAACCGUCGACGUACUGGCUCUAAUAUCUAGAAGGGGAAAAGUCCAAAUGAAUCCUGAUUGCAAUAUACACCAAAUGUCACUGUCCGAACAUGCACAGCGGGUGGGUGGUGAUACCACUAAUUGCUUCAUAAAGCAAUAUACUGAUGACAAGGGAAUGAGGACAAACACAGGCACUAUGGGGAAAGACUCUCAGAGAUGUUCCAUAAUGAAUUGUUGCCAACUGUGCACAUAGGGUCAAUUACAAAGAAGGGCCUAAUGCACACGAAAUUAACAAGACGUGUGUAUUUGCUUUUGCAAGACACAUCAACAUUUACUUUGAAUCGUGUGGAUGUUUUGUUGGUGUUUCUUGUUUGGCUUUUUUUGUUUUUUUGGAGCGUAUGUAGUCUCAUAUGUGUCGAAUGGAGAGUUCUGUGAUCUUUUUAUCUCUAAGUUCCAAGAAUUGUUUGAAAAUCUACGUAGUAAAUUAUAUCACUGUAUAGACACCAAUAUUGAAGAUUCAUUAAAUGUUUUCACUGAACUGUAUCAGCGAGCUGCAGACCACAAUAAGAAGAUAUUUUUAGGUUACCAUGAUAUUAACUCCAAACCUCAACCCCCAUGAUGAGACCAAGAACUCGAACAAUUAAAACAUAUGAAAUAUAAAGCAUUAAGAGAUCAUAGAGACACUAACUUGGAUAUUGUGAUUUAUAAAAACCUACGUAAAUCUUUCAAGAAGACUUUUAACAGCAAACGAAGAGCAUACUUCGAUGUACAAAAAGAGAAACUUACUGCAGCAAGAGACAACCCAAAGGAAUUCUGGAAAACAU